AUGACUAUUCAACUAAAUAAAAUUACGUUUGUUGUUCCUGCUUUACUUAAGACGUCCAGACCUAAUAAAGACCCACUACAGUUAACCUUCUGUCGUUUUCCUGAGACUGCUUCAUUGUGUUCUUAUUUGACUUUGCAGGAGUGUUUACGACUUACGAAAUCUUCUCGGAUAGCGGCUAAUACAACUAAACUGUUUUUGUCUUUCAUUAAGCCUUAUCGUCCUUUAUCCACAGAUACGUGUUCACGCUGGCCUAAGACCGUCCUUUCAAACCCAGGAGUGAAUGUAUCCAUAUUUAAAGGACAUAGUUAUCGGGGAGCGGCUACGUCUAAGGCAGUGUUGCAAGGUAUUGCAGUUGAUUUAAUUUUGAAAACUGCGGACUGA